UCUAGCACAGCUAUGUACUCAGGUUUGGCGAUUGUUGGAGUUGGUGGCAUGGGAAAAUCCACCUUGGCACAACUUGUUUACAAUGAUAAGAGGGUAAAAGAAUAUUUUGAUGUGACAAUCUGGAUAAGUAUCUCACGCAAACUUGAUGUCCGCCGUCAUACACGGGAGAUCAUCGAGUCUGCCUCACAAGGGGAAUGCCCACGCAUUGAGAACCUUGAUACUCUGCAACGCAUGUUGAGAGACAUUAUGCAAAAAUCUGGGAAAUUCCUCCUUGUGUUGGAUGAUGUUUGGUUUGAACCUGACAGAGAGAGGGAAUGGGACCAACUAUUGGCUCCUCUAGUUUCCCAACAAGCGGGAAGCAAAGUUUUGGCAACUUCUCGGCGGGAUACAUUUCCUGCUGCUCUUUGCUGCAAAGAAGUGUGUCCUCUCGAAAACAUGGAAGAUGCUCAGUUCUUGGAAUUCUUCAAACACCACGCAUUCUCUGGACCAGAAGUCAGAAAUCCGCAGUUACGUGAAAGGCUGGAAGAUUUUGCAGAGAAGAUUGUUAAAAGGCUUGGACAAUCUCCUUUGGCAGCAAUACUGGUGGCUUCCCGGUUGAAUAAGAAAAAAUGUAUCACUGCAUGGAAGGAUGCUCUAACUAUAAAUAUUGACAAAUUAAGUGAGCCCAUUAAAGCUCUGCUGUGGAGUUAUGAAAAGUUAGAUCCAUGUGUGCAGAGGUGCUUCCUAUAUUGCAGCUUGUUCCCGAAAGGCCACAAGUAUGUCAUCAAUGAGUUGGUUCAUCUUUGGAUGGCAGAGGGCCUCAUUGAUUCGUGCAACCAAAAAAAGAGAGUGGAAGAUAUUGGGAGGGAUUGCUUCAAGGAGAUGAUCUCUGUUUCAUUCUUUCAAAUGGUUGAUAAGAAAUUUGGUUGCACAUACUAUGUUAUGCAUGAUCUCCUUCAUGAUCUGGCAGAAUCACUCUCCACGGUGGACUACUUCAGGUUAGAAGAUGAUAAGGUGAUGGAAAUUCCAUCCACUGUUCGACAUCUAUCUGUUUGUGUUGGUAGUUUGAAGCAACACAAGGAAAGUAUCUGCAAGCUACAUCAUUUACGCACUAUUAUCUGCAUAGACCCCCUAAUGGAUGACGUAGUUGACCUUUUUAACCAGAUACUAUUGAAUUUGAAGAAAUUGCGUGUACUAUAUUUGUCAUCCUACAGCAGUAGUAAGUUGCCAGAAGCUGUUAGUGAGUUGAAGCACCUUCGGGACACUGAUUUCUGAAUUGCCAAGAUCAC